GUCUUUUGAGCAACUCUGUUCAAUUUGCUUCAAUCAUUUCAAUCUACUUCUCUUUUGCAAUCGCGUUUUCUGUUUUGCAAUUUAAUGGGUAGCACGCAAUUCAAGCUCUCCGUCUUUAGUUCUUGUGAGUCUCCAAUAUUGCUUCUAUAAGCAGGAUAAGUUAAAAUAUUAAUAAAUGCUCCAUUGGAUGAAGGUCCAAAACAAUUCAUUGAUUGACAGUAAUGGACAACGACGAUAAACAACGAUCGUCAUCCUUGGUGAUUGAUGAGAGUUGGUCAUAAUUUACUUGCUGCUCUCAUGUCUGUGCAUGAGGAAAUUCCAUGUUCUUAAAAAAAUCCUGAAUUCUGUGGGAUGGCGAUAUAUUGCAUACCAUGUCAACACUCAUUUCAUGCCCGACGCAGCAACUUAAUGCCUUGUAUUUACAACUCCUUUUUCAUAAGCUUUUCUAUGUAAUGGAAUAACGCCCUCUUGUUUGGCUUUGACAUGAGAAUUCUACAAUACGAGCUCGCAAUUAGGAAAGUCAGCCUCGUAUGAACGCCCUUGAUAUGCGUUAUUUGUUGUAAGAAAGUCAAUUACUGUUGAGUUUAGUAUUAUACAUGGAGCAGAUAGUGCAAUCGUUGAGUGGCCUUCCUGGGUUUUCUAACUCAAUCCGGACCACUGGAAUCCGUUCCAAGAUUUGGCUCAUGUUGGGCAUCAUUGGAUUGAUUCUCACAUUUAUUCGGAUAAUCGCUGUCACGAAGGAAUUUCUUCAAGGCCCCGUCUUGACCCAGGUGGAUUUGAGGACCGCUUCAGAGUCCAGUUCAUUUCCAGCAGUUACUAUUUGCACUCUCAACCAAGUUAGUUGUGCCAAAGCCUUUCAAAUAAAUGAGCUAUUGGAAGAAGCUAUGAAAAAUAAGAAUAGCCUGAACCAAGAACAAAUUCGAGAGAACUUACCAAAAACCUGUCGGUUAUUUGAAAUGGCCGGAUGUUCAACCAAUUGUUCUGAUGGAGGGCAGUUUCUAAAUACCUCUUUUGAAGAUCUUUAUAACUCGUUGCAACGCGAAACUAAGAUUGCCAUUGGCGAAUCAUUGGAAACUACCAUGUUAGAAUUCAAAUACUCCAAUGCAGUUCAAAACUCCAGUUCUUGGACCAUCUACUAUUUGCCAAUGACUGGGAUUUGCUUCCACUUCAACUAUAUGGGUUUGGUCAAGGAAGCAGGAGUGGGAGAAGAAAAUGGAAUGGAAUUGCUCAUUCGGCUAAAUUCGGACCCCAAUCUACGAGAAGGAAUACAAGAUGGUAAACACGGAUUGACCUUGACCAUUCAAAGCCCUUUGGCGUUUCCUGCUCUAACGCUCAACCGAAUCGAUUUGGAACCGGGUAUGGCUCAUCGCAUUCCAAUGAGUCGUGGUUCCUGGACAUUUUUAAGAAACUGUAUAUCAAAUUGGAAUGAUGCUGCUAUUCAAGCGUUUAAGAACGAGAAGUUCAUGAAGGCAUACGGUAAUUUACAUUAUGAUCAAAGUGUUUGCAACCACUAUUGUCAAGUGGAGGCCAUAUACAACAAGUGUGGAUGCAUUUCAACAUCUCAUGAGAUACCUGAGGCUCGUAGGUAUGUGUUUGUUGAGGCAAAUGGAACAAUUAGCCGGUCUUGCCUCUCCAAAGAUGAAGAAUGCACUUCGGCCUCAAUUGUGGCUGAUCCCGAAAUUACUUGUGGAUGCAAGUUGAGUUGCUUCGAGGAGACUUUUGAUAUGUUGCCCUCGCAAGGUAAAUGGCCCGGAGAUUCAUCCUGGAAGCGGAUUGCCAAGCAAUUUGGAAUCCCUAGGCCGAUUGUCAAUGUCACGGAUAUGACGAGCUUUGAGGAUGUUAAUAUUGAGAAAUAUUCGGACUUUCUGUGGCGGAAGAAAGUGGACAGAUCAGUCAUGAAGAUACGGAUCUUUUUGCGGACCAGGGAGAGUCUCGAGUUCAAGGAGAAAAAGAAAUUUGAAACACAUUGGGAGGUUCUGGCCAAGAUGGGAGGAUCCAUGUCUGUGUUCAUGGGAUUAUGUUUUGUGGCCAUUAUUGAAGUGAUUGGAACCUAUGUCGUUGGCUUUUGGUCGAUUAUAUCAUGUCAAAUAUGUAAAAAUGAUAAAUAAUAAAGAGGGAGGAACUAUUCUUGCAUCUUUUACCUAACUA